AUGUCCCGACGAGGUCGCGUGACGGUCGACCUCAGCAACGACGACAGCCCACCGCCGCUUGAAUCCCAGAGAAUACGACAUGUCCAGCAUGUACCAGAUUCGCGGUUUAUUACGCCUGAUAGUGACGAUGAGAUCGAAGUCCUGUGGGAAAUGCGCAAGCAAAGGCCCGACGAGGACGCAUCCAACAUUCUGAGGUCUAAUGCUGGUCACCACCUUUCGACAAUCCGGCCCACCGCCCAAAAACCGCAUCCUAUGUUACCAUCGAAUGAUCACAAGCAGGCUGCCCAACCACUGCCCACACAACCAAAAGUCACUCGAGCAUCGAAGCAGCCAGCACCUACACGACCAGAAAUCAUUCGGCCACAUGCAACAGUCUUUAGCGCACAUCGGCCACCGCUACCUUCCAUUCCAACGCAAGCACGUUACAACAGUCCUGUCUCAAUUGCGAAUCCCGCGACGAAUGCCUUUCUGGCUGCCAUCUCUAAGUCUGGUGGAUCCACACCUUCGACAGCGCCAACGAGACCGACUCUUCCACCUGGCGCAAAACAAUUACCUUUGCCAACACCAACACCACCUACCCAGGUUAUUCGACAUCCGAUGGGGCCCGCUGCCUCGCACCCUACGCAGUUCAAAGAGCCCGUGAAACAGUCACAACCCUUGUCUACAUCAGCACCGAGAUUCAUCGCACGACUCGACGCACCACCGUUGAACAUGCCUUCCAGAGCUUUGUUCCAGAAUACUUCGAACGAAAUCUCAUCACAAUCAAGAGAUGUGCCGUCACGCAUCGUGCCUUCCUCAGAAAUUCCUGCCAUGCAGUCAUCUUCAUCCGUGAACACCUCACUCAAAACAGCAGUGCCACAGCCACGCAAAGAGCCGAUGGCUGCACGCUCAAGUCCACAGAUGCCGCCAUCUUCGACUGAUCGGGUGCUAUCGCCUGCAAAACAACCUCUACCUGUUGACGAGCUCGUGACUGCUGCUGACUGUUCAAAAUCCCUUGAAAGUGCUCCUCCGAGCCACAACUCACCAAGGCUCGAAAAGAGAAAAGUUGCAGAGGAUUCAGAUGAUGAAGAGCCAGUGAAGCGUCUUCGACGCACUCGUUCCUCUUCAUCUGUAGAGAUCAACACACGGCCAGCAGCAUACACCUUCCCAGCAGACAUCUCGAAAAUACCACCGUUCAGCAACAACUACGGACAGCCUUUCACCCCAGAGGAAGAUGCUCUGAUUGUGCAUCUGAAAGAAGUCGCCAGAAUUUCUUGGAAAGAAUUUGAGCCUUUCUUUCCUGGAAGAAAGUGGCAUUCUAUGCAAACGAGGUACUCCAGGGUGUUGAAGGAUGCUAAUACACCAGUCACUACAGCUCAUCCACCGACAAGAACCAACAGGACAGAAAUGCUCCAUCCAACGAGAAAGCUUCGGCGUAAUCAUGCUCAAACGGAAUCAGUGGACUCUGUAGCAGAUCAAGAAAAUAGCGCCGAACCUACAGAACCUGCAGAUCACUCGGCUUGCCGCAGACGAAGUGUACGACCUCUGAGCUCUCUCGUUCGACAUCGAGAACUUGGCUCUGCUGGCGGUCGAGAAUGGCCGAGGAAGUUCCAAGCAGGCGUCCGAGAUUUCGUAUACGGCAGCAUGGGAGCCCAAGCCUACAUGGAUAACGCCUCCGGUGAUGUUUCAACCAUCGCAUGGUCGCCAGAUGGCAAGUCUUUUGCCGCAGGUGCCGUAGCUGUUACGGAUGCGCAAUCUAUCGAUUACAAUAAGCCUCGUAACCUCGUUGUGGGGAGUCUUGCAUCCCAAAAUGUAAAAGAGCUGCCGGACCAUACAAUACAGCACACGCUGCCAGAUGGACGCCGGAAAGAACUCUUCUCCACAGUACAGAUGGUCGCUUUCAGUCCAGACAGUAGAUAUAUGUACUCUGCUGGCAUCGACCGACAUCUACACAAGUAUAGAGUCGAUGGUUCAAAGACUACACUAGUUCACAGGAUCGAGCAUCCAGCAUCUGUAGACUUCCUUUCGGUAAGCAAUAGUGGAUUGAUCGCUACUGGCUGUGCUUCUGCUGGCCCUCGUUCGAUUCAAGUUUUUUCGCAUAACAACGACGCAUUGUCGGAGCCUAUCUGCUUCUCGGGAACCAUGCAGGCUAAGAAGACUCCGUCCGCCCUCAAGUGGGGUUCGGCGCAUGUUCACCAGAAUUACCUACUUGCAGGAUUCUCGAGGGAAGCCGAAAUCUUCUACAUCGAAGAUGACCACAGGGACAAGGAGGGAGAGGUUGCUCUAUGGGACAUCAAUACCAAGCAGCGCAUUGAAACGGAUGCGCCAAAUAGGAAUGUUUUCGAUCUUGCCUGGAACCCAAAUCCAGGAGGUAACUCAUCCAUCUUCGCAGUGGCAAGCAGACCAGUGAGCCACGUUGGCCAUGGCAUCCAUUCGAUUGUCCGCCUUUACUCUCCGCAGCAGACUCGUGCUCACCAUACCAUGGAGCUUGACUGCCCGGCGUGGGACAUCAACGACGUUGUUUAUUCUCCACACGACAACAACCUCAUUGCUGUGGGUAGCACAGAGGGCAGAGUCUACAUCUGGGAUGUCCGCUUUGCAAAACACGGUCAAUCGCCUCUGAACACGCUUAAGCACGGAGAGUCGUUAGCCGUCAUGCCCCACGAAAAGAAGAGGUGGGAAGUCGAUACAGGCAUUCGUUUCUUGUCUUGGGGCUCUGAACGAGACCGCCUGUACACUGGUUCGUCUGACGGAGUAGUGGCUUGCUGGGAUCCAUACCGCACCGCUUCGGACAAGCGUGUGCGCGACGUGGUGCAGCUCAACUCGGCUGUCAUGUCAGGCGCAUUCAGCCCAGACUUUGCUCAUCUGUUGGUAGGAGAAGAUGCAGCCAGAUUGAAUCUGCUCUCUGUUGGUAACGAUGGAGCCAAGUUUGACAGGAGAACUACAGCAAAGUUCAGCGUUGAGAAGGCGCCCAUGGAAGAAGAACCUGCACCAAUACUAUGGGACUGUCAAAAGAUGCUGGACACUCAAGCACUGGAGAUCAAACCAGCAGGAACGAUGCCAUUUCAGCAAGUAGUCCAGGGUCCAAACUACAAGGGACCUCAUUGCGCAGACGACAAGGCAGUCGAAUGCAGGGAGAAAGCUCAGAAAUUUCAGGACAAAGUACUCAGGUCCUAUCGACGACGCAACAAGCAGACCCGUAAAUUGGGCAUCCAGGCAGAUCCAUGUAGUCUGGAUUGUGGAUUUAUUCCUCCUUCAGAUGAAUAUUAUCCACCAGAGAAGUGGCUAUCACGGCGCAUUCCAGGCAGAAAUGAGCGAGCUGAUAUCGAAUGCUUCCGCUGUGGAAGAUUGGCGACGGUCAGUCCAAGAGCUGACACAAUUGAGUGUGGCCAUUGUGGCACUGCAUGGAAGACGGGAGCAUUGGGAUACGAGGUAGUCAAGCGCUUCAAAGCAGAGAAAGCAAGAAGCAAGGUUGAAGAAGGACCAGAGAGCAGCCCUAUCGACCUGUGUGAUUCUGAAGAUGAGUGGGAACGAUUCAUCCGCGAAACAUCGACCGAGUCUAGCGACCUCGAUGGCGGCUACUAA